GAAUAUAUAAGGCCUCGACUUUCCCUGCAUACAGUAUUUCUCUCUUCGAUUCAUCAACAGCACACUUUCCAAACUACAAACGAAUACAUUAAUUUACCGCCUUCCCAAUACCAAAACCAAUCGAGCCAAAGCGAUUAAUCCCCGAAAGCAAACAACACAAUCUCAAAAUGAAAACCACCAUGAUCUCCUCGAUUGUCGCGACAACCCUCGCCGCCCUCCCCAUGGCAAACGCCUGGACAAUCAACGCCUGCGGCCAAACCUUCACGGGCACGGGCACAGGCGCCUGCACGAGGGUUUCCUGCGCCGCGGGCGAAAUUGUUGAUUUUAACGCCGGUUCCCCGGGCCGCGCCAUCGAGUUCUCGCUCUACGCCGAUGGCAUCUGCAGAGACGAAAUCACCCACUUUGCUUCCGAUGAGUUCGGUUAUGUUCUGCCGAGGAACUUGCGGUCUUUCUUGGUUCUCACCUAG